AUGAGGCUCUCUGACUCGCUCAGAGUUCGUUCUCUAUCCGACACGCAACCUUUCUUGCUUCCGCGACAAGCGUCCUCUUCCGCCUCUUCUUCGUCCUCAUCAUCGUCAUCCACAACACCAUCUUCAGCAUCCAAUUCAGUCUCCUCCUCUUCCUCUGCCUCUCCAUUCUUUUCGACAUCGUCACCGCCAUCCUCCUCGUCCUCCACAUCCGCAUUCCCACCCACCGCAUCCUACAACCCCUCCAGCAAUGGCGGCAACGGAGGCAGCGGCGCCGGUGCUGGCAUGAACUCGCCCGCCUCGGGUGCGCUCAACAACACCCGCAUCGUGCUUGGCCGAGGCUUCGCCAAUGGCCAGCUCACUUACACCGUCCCCAUCACCGCCGCCAACCAGCAAGUUAACGCGCAGCUCGAUACGGGCAGUGGCGAUCUUUGGCUCGCCAGUCAGGACUGCGACUCCGACUCCUGCCGUGGACAUCAGGGCCUCACCGUCACCAAAUUCAAUGACCGUUUCGACUCUGUCGUCGACCAAGACACCCCUUUCAACAUCAGCUAUCUCCUCGGUUCCGCCUCUGGCAAGGUCAAAACCGCCUCGAUGCUCUUUGGCGAUCCCAUCACUUCGCGCCUCAUCAUCAACUCACAGGCUUUUGGCUCGUGCGAUCAGGUUGCAAACGAAGACAUGGACUCGGGUAACUUCACCGGCAUCAUUGGCGUAGGACCUCCCGCCAACAGUCUCAUCCAGGCCGAUCUCAAUACCACCAGCAACACCGCCUGGCUUAACGUCAACAUCCGUCCCACCGACACCGGCGCCGUUCUUGCCGGCUUCUGGUACAACGCUCGCCCAGGCCGUCGAUUCAUGGGCAUUGGUCUGCAGCGUCUCGAGGAGGAUGGCGGCGCUGGCGACAGCGUCUUGACCAUCGGCAACCAUGACCCUGCCUAUGCCGGUAGCAGCACCGAUCCUAAGAUCAACUAUACCUCCGCUAUUGCCGAUGCAGACGGUGUGGUGCGUCAUUGGCGCGUCACCCUCACCGACAUUAGCGUGCAGCUCCAGCACGGAAUCACUGAACCCAUCCCCAUCGGCACUUCGAGCGUCAUUGCCGGCUCGAAUCCCAUCGCCGUGUUUGACUCGGGCGCCAGCGUCAAUCUCGGCCCGGAAAGCACGUUGAAUGCGCUCUACGGCGCUUGGGGCAUUGGUCCUGCCUCGGACGGUGGCUACUAUGUCCCUUGCGACCUCCAGAUGAACGUCACGUUGGCUCUCGGUGGCAUCCGCAUCCCCAUUCACCCGCUCGAUGCCAGUCUGCAGCUCGGAUCUGGCAACGGUCCCUCGACCGGCGGCUCCAUGUGUCUUGGCUCGUUCCAGGCGCUACGGUCGCUGUCCGGUGCCUCCAACGGCGCCAACCUCAACUCGAGUUUCCUGCCUGCCGACUUUGUCCUCUCGCCCGCCUUUAUGCGAAGUGCUUACACCGUGUUUUCGUGCGACAACGGCCUCAACACUACCGAAGCGCUCGCCAACAACAUGACCGUCAGCAGUCCGUGUCAGGCCGCCAUCGGGCUCCGAUCGCUCGUCAACAUGACCGCCGCCACACAGCAAUUCACAGCGGUGCGCAUCAAGAAGCAGACGCUCGGUCAGUCGGGCCUGCACGGAGGCCAUUCGAGCUCAGGCUCGGCCAACACCAAGGGUCUCUCGGAGGGCAUCAAGGUGGUCAUUGGCUGUGUUUGCGCCAUUGUUGUCAUCGGCGUCCUGUUUGGUGUCGCGCUCUGGCGUCUACGCAGACGCCGCCGCCGCAUCGCCCAAGCACGCGCUGCGCUGCUCGCUGCACAGGGCGAGAAGCGAUCCGGUGGUGGAGCUGCGGGUGUACGCACCGGCUCGAGCGGCAGCCACGGCCACGCUAAGAAGCAGAGCAACCCGUACAGCGUGGUCAAGAUCGACGGCCUCAACGUGCCCAUGGAGCUACUCGGCAAGGACGACGACAGCAGCAGCCAGGUGGCCCUCUCGCCUGCGCAGCGUGCCAAGGCGCGUCAGCUGCAUCACAUGCACGGCGUCUUUGACGACGAGCUGCAUGACGAUGAGGUCGGUCGCGGCGUCGAUCCCCGCUGGGGGGAGGAAGCGCCCGUCAACCCGCACAACUUGCAUGCCGCCGGCCUCUUGAGCUGGGACGUCUCUUCGACGGGCUACGUCGAUGCACGCCAGGUCAAGAAUGCCUACCUUGCCUCGCUCAACGCUGACGAGCGCAAAGCUUUCCUCGAAACAUCCGCCCAGCGUCACCAACAGCCGGACUUUGGCUCCCAUUCAAACAGCCAUCAGCUGCAAAGCCUCGACGAGCGCAGCGUCCAGUUUACGCAAACGCAGCACGACGUCAAUUCCGAGUCGGGCCACAGCUCGCAUCCCAACUAUCAAAAGCGCGACAGCAACCGCGCCUCGUCGCCAGCACCAUUGCUGCAACACGAUGAAUGGCGUUGA